AUGGGUAUCCAGACAUCUGCGGACAAGGAUCCUGGGCCCAUCUUGGCGGCAAUCAUGACCCUGAUGAUGGCAGAAGUCUACAGUGGCCAAUCCAGAAAGUGGAAGCACCACCUACAGGGAGCGUGGGCCUUUCUCCUCAACUCCAACAGCAAUGAACUCUGGAACCAGUCCCGAUUCGCAUGCUUCUCUAUCCAGAGCUUGCUGAUUGUGGGGAUUAUCAGCAGCACUACUUCGACGGACAGCACCCACUCUCCUUUGGCGCUGAUGCUCGGUCUUCCACAUGUAACGGAUCGCAUUUCCCCAGACAACUCAACUCCAGUAGACGCUCUUCCUCCUUCGCCAUUCGGUUUCACAAUUGGGGCCCAGAAAUCCCUUCUCGAAUGUAUUUCAGCCAUCGCCACCGUCAGCCAGCAGAUGCGAUCAGACCCACCGGCCAGCACCCAGUUUGAUGCCGACCGCGCUGUUUCCCACGUCCUGACCUGUCUAGGGCUUCUCCAGGCACAGGCCAAUGACGGCCCACCCUUCCACCCAGACAUCGACUUGGCUCUUUCCACCGAGCCUGAUCAGCCCGCUCCUCAUGUACAGAAUCUAGCACGCUACCAGCUCAACGAAUUUAUCUACACCACUUAUAUCUACUUGUACCGAUCGCUGAUGGACGCCCCGCCGAAGCGUGUCGCGACAUAUGUGUCGUUGACAUUUCAAAAUAUUUCCGCAUUCUGCGCCCAGAGUAGCGGGAACUUCUCGUUGUGGCCAGCUUUCAUUGCUGCGGUCGAAGCUUACACAGAAGAGAAUAUGGCUUCGGCGCGGGAGUGA